GGAGGCGCUACAGACUCUUAAACACAUAACGACACGCAACCGAAGGAGUACACAAGCAAGAUGGCGACGAGGCGAACAGACAGAACUGCCAGUGUUCUUUCCUCUGUGCUUCUCCAAAUUCUGCUGUACGCCUCUGCUUUCUACAGCCUCUUCUACUUCCUUUCCAGCCUCUGCAUGAUCAUCUACAAAAGUCAGGUGCUGAGUUACCCUGACAAUUAUUUGGUGCUAGAUGUGUGCUUGCUCCUGCUGAUGGCUGCUUUCGAGAUCUUGAGAGUCUACUGGGGCGUGAGAGGCAACUUGCAGGAGAGCGAGAGAUAUCUCGGUGCCAGUGUCCUCAUCACAGGAGCCACACUUCUGCUCUCAGUGUACUUCCUGGUCUGGCAGUCAUAUGUGCUGAGAGCUGAUGUCAUCAUUAACGCCAUCCUGCUCUGCAUCUAUGGCCUCUCUGGAGUAGCCGGCUUCGGAGCCCUUGCACGCUUCACCAGCAUUUAUUCAUGACACACUAGGUGUUGUCCUGAUGGUAUAAAUCCAUGUCUACAGCUGCACUUCACCUGACGUGUGGACUUCAUCUUCCAUAAUGCACCAAUGCAGAUCCUUCAUCUCAGCAAAAACACUGGUUUGAAGUAGGAUAAGAGAAUUUAAACUGACAAAAUGGACCUUAACAAAAUCAGUCAGUAUUUUCUGUAGAUUUUUUUUUUUUUCCCAAAUGUGGCAGGAAGUUAGGAAACAAAUGUUGAAACAAACCCCAGUCCACAUCAAUCUGUACUUAGGACAGUCAGUCCUUCCAGGAUGUUGUGAUUUUGCCAUCGCAGAAAUGAACGCAAAAUCAAGCAAACUCUGCAAUAUUCGUAGGAUCUUACAAUUUUGAAAAACUGGCACAGAUUUGGGUAGAGACGCGUCAUGUGACGUCAUCCCAACGCGCUUUCAGCCGAAGCCAUCUUCGAUUCAUGUUCAUCGAACAUGAGUACGGCUAAAAGGUCUCAUUUACCAACAAACAUCACUGCGAAAGAGCGUGCAAUGCAAUUUCGUGCAAUUCAAGUCAUUUUCUGGCGGGGGGAAGCAUAAAAAUUUCUGCACAUUGCAUCGCAAAUUUUUUUUUUUUUUUAAAAGUCGCCGCAAAAUCAAGCAGUUUUAGCCACAACAAUCACAAAAAAAACUCCUGUAUGGACUGAACAAUACAUUUUAUUAUUUUAAAUGAUUUCCUCCCAUUUAUUAGGAUCUCUAUAGCUGCUGCUUACAUGUAAAAAUAUCAGGCUUGCACCUGUACUGGAUCUACAGCAAACUGACUAGAUAUGUGUACCUAAUAACCUGGUAACUCUGUGAAACUUUAUAUGAUGAAAUAAUGCAGUCAUACAGUCUCAUGUUUAUCUUUAAAAAUAUAGAUUUUGAUAAGGGUUUUUAUUUAUUUAUAUUUUUCUUAUAAUAAAGAUGUCUCAAUAAAAAAAAAAAAAAGUUCUUAUAUCCUCAAUGUGAGGCUGAACUAAUGAACCUAAUGAAUGUUUUCAUCAACUUUUUCUGUACCAAGGGUGUUAGUAGUUCUGGAGCUGACUUCAUGCACUACUUUAACACAUUUAUAUUUAAAAUAUUUCACCCUGGCUACCAAAUACAGGUCAAAACAUCUGUCCCUCAGAAAGUUCUUCUGUUAUAAUCAUGCACGUUAUUAUCAUGGUAUAUUUUACAUCGUUUUAGUACCUAGGUGUUUUUACUAACAUUAUGGGAUGGAAUCAUGUCACCAUUGUUCAGUUUUUAAUAGGUAUUUUUAGUGUUUUAAGUUUGUCCACUAGAGGGAGUGUGUAUAUUUUAAUUGAGAUGAGGACAUGACUGUUGUAGCCUUACUCUAUUUGUGUUAGAUGAUAGGUCUCUUUGUGCCAAUGACCCAACCAACACCAUUUCAAUCAGUUUGAACAUUUUAUUAGUAGUUCAGUGGUACAUUUGAACUUUACAGUGAUCUAUUUGAGUUUACAGUAAGCUCAGUCAGUUUAAAAGGUUAUUGUAUGAAGUUUAUUUAUAAUGCAAAACCAUCAUUACAAAAUGUCAUGGGGCUGUAGUUAUAAUACCUGUGGGUAUUAUAGUAAUAGUUACGUAAAAGUUAUUACACUUGGGUUGUUUUUUUGUUUUGUUUUUUGUGGACAAACACUAAAACUUAAUGGCUGGUAAAAAUUCAGCCAAAACCAGUCUUCAAAAUGAAUAAACUCAAUGAUUUUUCUGUCAGUUAA